ACAAAGACUGGAAACUAUUCUUAGCUCCGUCACUGACUCCAAGUUCAUCCCCUCUGUCUUUCAGUUUGGGUAAACAAUCAUGGGGCCUGGAAAAUGAGGCUUUAAUUGUAAGAUGUCCUAGACAAGGAAAACCUAGUUACACCGUGGAUUGGUAUUACUCACAAACAAACAAAAGUAUUCCCACUCAGGAAAGAAAUCGUGUGUUUGCCUCAGGCCAACUUCUGAAGUUUCUACCAGCUGAAGUUGCUGAUUCUGGUAUUUAUACCUGUAUUGUCAGAAGUCCCACAUUCAAUAGGACUGGAUAUGCGAAUGUCACCAUAUAUAAAAAACAAUCAGAUUGCAAUGUUCCAGAUUAUUUGAUGUAUUCAACAGUAUCUGGAUCAGAAAAAAAUUCCAAAAUUUAUUGUCCUACCAUUGACCUCUACAAUUGGACAGCACCUCUUGAGUGGUUUAAGAAUUGUCAGGCUCUUCAAGGAUCAAGGUACAGGGCGCACAAGUCAUUUUUGGUCAUUGAUAAUGUGAUGACUGAGGACGCAGGUGAUUACACCUGUAAAUUUAUACACAAUGAAAAUGGAGCCAAUUAUAGUGUGACGGCGACCAGGUCCUUCACGGUCAAGGAUGAGCAAGGCUUUUCUCUGUUUCCAGUAAUCGGAGCCCCUGCACACAAUGAAAUAAAGGAAGUGGAAAUUGGAAAAAACGCAAACCUAACUUGCUCUGCUUGUUUUGGAAAAGGCACUCAGUUCUUGGCUGCCGUCCUGUGGCAGCUUAAUGGAACAAAAAUUACAGACUUUGGUGAACCAAGAAUUCAACAAGAGGAAGGGCAAAAUCAAAGUUUCAGCAAUGGGCUGGCUUGUCUAGACAUGGUUUUAAGAAUAGCUGACGUGAAGGAAGAGGAUUUAUUGCUGCAGUACGACUGUCUGGCCCUGAAUUUGCAUGGCUUGAGAAGGCACACCGUAAGGCUAAGUAGGAAAAAUCCAAGUAAGGAGUGUUUCUGAGACUUUGGUCACCUGAACUUUCUCUAGCAAGUGUAAGCAGAAUGGAGUGUGGUUCCAAGAGAUCCAUCAAGACAAUGGGAAUGGCCUGUGCCGUAAAAUGUGCUUCUCUUCUUCCGGAUGUUGUUUGCUAUCUGCUCUUUGUAGACUGUUCCUGUUUGCUGGGAGCUUCUCUGCGGCUUAAAUUGCUCGUCCUCCCCCACUCCCUCCUAUCGUUGGUUUGUCUAGAACACUCAGCUGCUUCUUUGGUCAUCCUUGUUUUCUAACUUUAUGAACUCCCUCUGUCUCACUGUAUGUGAAAGAAAAUGCACCAACAACCGUAAACUGAACGUGUUCUUUUGUGCUCUUUUAUAACUUGUAUUACAUGUUGUAAGCAUGGUCCCUUCUAUACCUUUUUCUGGUCAUAAUGAACACUCAUUUUGUUAGCGAGGGUGGUAAAGUGAACAAAAAGGGGAAGUAUCAAACUACUGCCAUUUCAGUGAGAAAAUCCUAGGUGCUACUUUAUAAUAAGACAUUUGUUAGGCCAUUCUUGCAUUGAUAUAAAGAAAUACCUGAGACUGGGUGAUUUAUAUGAAAAGAGGUUUAAUUGGCUCACGGUUCUGCAGGCUGUAUGGGAAGCAUGGCGGCAUCUGCUUCUGGGGACACCUCAGGAGCUUUACUCAUGGCAGAAGGCAAAGCAAAGGCAGGCACUUCAAACAGUAAAAGCAGGAGCGCGAGAGAGGUGCCACACUUCAACAGCCAGAUCUCAUGAGAAGUCACUCACUAUUGCAAGGACAGCAUCAAGGGGAUGGUGCUAAACCAUUCAUGAUGAACUCACCCCCAUGAUCCAAUCACCUCCCACCAGGCUCCACCUCGAAUACUGGGGAUUACCAUUCAGCAUGAGAUUUGGGCAGGAACACAGACCCAAACCAUAUCACACACAUUAUCAUUGUUAAACUUUAUAAAGUGUUUAAGGUACAUGGAACACCUGGGAAGUCUGGUAGCUCAGCCCAUUUCUUUAUUGCAUCUGUUAUUCACCAUGUAAUUCAGGUACCACCUAUUCCAGGGAGCCUUUCUUGGCCCUCAGUUUGCAGUAUACACACUUUCCAAGUACUCUUGUAGCAUCCUGUUUGUAUCAUAGCACUGGUCACAUUGCCUUACCUAAAUCUGUUUGACAGUCUGCUCAACACGACUGCAAGCUCCAUGAGGGCAGGGACAUUAUCUCAUCCAUCUUUGGGUCCUUAGUGCAAUACCUGGCAGCUAGCCAGUGCUCAGCUAAAUAUUUGUUGGCUGAAUAAAUGAAUGCACAACCAAAUUAUUGAUACCAAAUGUUUUUUUGUGUACAUUUCUACUUCUCUAGCUGUAAGUCUUAAUUAUACAACAAAAUACUAUUUUUAUAUUUAUGUUUGGUAAAUUCAAUAACUUUCCUCAUCAUUUGGAAAGUCAAAUUGUUUAUUGCUUCCCUACAGUUUUUUCUGAAUCUAGCAGGAUUUUAACGAUAUCAUUAUAAUUUGACACAAUAAAAGGACAACGUGAAACUGA